AUGGGCUGCUUCGGAUUCUUCUCCAAGACGAAGAAGACCGCCGCUCGGUCCAAAUCAGAACGACGCAUGCGGGCGUGGGCACGAGAGCAGGAUGAAAAGCCACACGAUCCUCUGGAAGAAGAGGAGACAGUUCGUCGACAUACUCAAGGGGGCGUGAAACAACAAGGAUCCACGGGUACUACAACGAAGUCCACACCCGCAUAUAAAGCUAUUUCGCCGCCGACGUCCUCAUACAAGUUGCAUACGAACAAGGGUUAUUCUGGGUCCUCCGCCGGUGGAGGUGGAUACUAUUAUGGUGGCGACUAUGGCGGAAGCUCUUAUGGCGGAGGCUCCCAUUCCCAUGGCGGAGGUUCUUACGGUGAUUCGGGUGGUGGUUGCAGUAGUAGUGGAGGUGGAGGCGGCGAUAGCGGUGGUGGCGGCGGUGGUGAUGGCGGGGGUGGGGGUGGAGGAGGAGGUGGAGGAGACUAA